AUGCGGGUCCCAGUGACAAAAGGGCUUGACCCAUUACUAAACCUCACUCGGGUUACUGGAUUAAUUACACCCGGCAACCAAAAGAGAUGCAGACGAGACUUCCAGAGGACCUUGUCCCUCUCGUCAAGUUUCCGCCGCGCCACCGUCGCGAACCGCAGGAAAGGCAGUGUCGAUACCGGCUUUAACGAGCCAGGGACUGGUAGAGAGAUUUCAUCUCUAGUAUCUGUUCAAAGACGUUUGGUUGGAGAAGUAGACGACAGACGCUUGUCUCGAAGUCCAAAGUUUUAUGAGAAACGCAGAACCGAACAGGGUAAUCGCGUUGCUUCCAAGGAUUUCCGUUUGCCUAGAGGAUGGACCGUUAAAGAGGUUCCGAGGAGAAACUCCCCUCGUAGUAUUGAUAAGGUGCUUAUGACAGACAAAAGGAAUCAGCAAGUUUCAUACUGUUGGCUACUUAGUUAUUAUACAGAGCAAGAAACGGGAAAACGGUUCCGGUCCCUUGUUUCCGCUGAGAGGUACUUGAACUCUGUCGGGAACGGUACAGUUGCGUCGGUUUUGCACUCUGUUCCGCUUUUGGCGAUUUGUAAUGGUACUGGAUUUGAGCCGGUGGUUAUUGAACCAAACCCACCUGAGAAAGUUAAAUGGUUACUUACCGGUCCGGAAGGAGACAUGUUUAGUGCCCAUGUUAGCGGCUCGGAUGUCUCUCUCUAG